CGCUGGCCCCGCAGCAGCGUGUGGAGGGCCCGAGGCGCGGCUGUGCGAGUGCGGCCCGGCCCGGGGCAGCCCUGCCGCGCUUUUGGCUUUCCCCGUUUCCACUCCCUCCUCCCCCGAGCUGUGGCUGCCUUUGAGCUGCUGCGGUGGCAUUUCCCCUCAGGAGGUGGCGAAGGGGUGGCGCAGCAGCCGUGGCCGGGCCGCGAGUGCUCGGGCUUUGGCCCCACGCCAUUCUCCGGGCUCGCACCAUGCCCUGUGUCACUCCUGGGGCGCUUCACUGCCAGGGGCGGGGUUUUUGAAAUAACUCCUGAAUAUUGCCUGAAGGAAAAGGGAAAGGAACGAGGCCGGGAGGAAGAGAACCCCCUCACCUGCUGAGCAGGGCAGCUGCAGUCCGGGGCUGACAGACCAUGAAGGAAGAAUAAGGGAAUCCUGAAGCAGCAACAGACUCUUUGCUCCUGGACUUUGUCCAGAGGGACUGUCUGCACAUCAGUGCUCUCUCUUACCAGUGGGACCAUGGAAGAAAAGGAGAUGUCACCGAGUCACACCUCAGAGAGCAGCAUGUUGGACCUCCCCUCUGUCUGUGACCUGGCAGAGCACUUUCUGCCUCCACACAGCUCUGAGAACAGCCAGGAGCUUUAUCCUUCUGGGGAUGUUUUUCCCUCUCCACCCACAGGAGAGAGCAAUCCAUCAUCUGCAGCUCCUGCAGCCAGUUCUGCUGAAGGCCCUCAGGAAGCAAACGUGAGCUGUUACCUAAAAGCAGGGCUAUGUGAGCCCUCUGAACCUAAUGAUGUGCUCUCAUGGAUGCAUGAACAUGAUGGUGCAGAAGAUCCCAGCAUCAGGGACUCUCUGGAUGGCUUCUACAAAAUGUAUUGCAGAAAGCAGCCAGAGAGAGAGGAUCCAACCUACGAGGCUGCCUCACGGUGUCUGUCACAGAAGAUUUCAGAGCUGGAGCAAAAAGAUGGGACAAAAUACGUGUCACGAUGCCUGCAAAUGGCACAGCUGGUCUUGAACAGAGAUGGAUGUAAGAUCUUUCCAAACCACCCCCCCUCUGCUUGCUUCUCAAAGCCAGCUGAAGGAGAAGUCUUGUUGGAAAACAGGAGGAGGACGCCCGGACUCUCAGAUGAUGUCUUGCAGUUCCUCUUGGAACAAACACAGGCAGAACGUAGCCCUGAUGUGUCACACGAGAAGUGAGCAAGACACUGCUUUGUUUGUGUCAUGGAGGCUUUGCUUUCACUCCAGAAAGAGGUGAAAUUUCUUGGACAGACAUUGUUCUCCAAGCACCACCUUCAGCAGCAGCUGCUCCAUGGAGGGUUUCACCCACACCUUGCUCACUGAAGGGCAGCACUGCUUUAGGAGCACCUGUGUAACUGCCUGGGAUGUGUUGACUGAUGCAGUGUUUGUUGUUGGGACAUCAAACAUGAUAAUUUAUACUUACCAGGCUUUUAAAUUGGCCUGCAUCCUUACCCCAGGGUAACAGUGGUCCAGCCCAAAUUCAGCCCCUGGGUGAGCAUUGCUGUCCAGUGCUGUUGGCUAGAACAGACUGUUUGAAUGACCUUGGCGUGGUGUGCUCCAGUCCUGCAGAGGGAAAGUUAAGAUUUUGUUUGAAUAUUUGUCUCCACAGGGUGCCUGUUAGCUCUGUGUUUUUACCUACAGACAUAUAACCCCACAGUUCAUUACUGCAAUGCCAAGUGAGUUUUUCUGACAGAAAAAGUGUGUGUGUGCAUGAGAAAGAGAAAAUACAGCUCUGGGUAUGCUCUCUGACAGUGCUUCUGUCCUAUUUACCUCCUCACCAUUACCUCCCCCAACAACCUUCCCGUUCCUUUCUGUCUUUCAUGGUGGUGCUAAUGAGAUCCCUGGGGGAAAGUUCCCUUUAAAAUGAAAUGGAUCUCUCUGAGCCCAAAGAGGCUGAUGUCAGUCAGCAACAGAGCAAUGAGCCCACACAGACACUUAAGGUUUCUCUCUCAGAAGCCUCCCAGCUCGGUGGCUUCUUGUUGCUUUACUGCCUCUGCCAGGCAGAUAAAUGUCUUUGUGCAUGUUUUCCACCCCCUGGCCUGUGGACUGAAGAGCAGUUUGCUGUAGUGAUGUUGUUUGCUGGCUGGGGAGGCCAUUCUGCAGCGUGGGUGUGAGCAAGGAAGCACAGAGUGCCAGAGAUGUGUUAAAGAUGACAGCAGAUGGGCAAGGGAGAAGGACAGAAAGGGUGGUUGGGGUCUCAAAGGUCACUCACCAUCAGUGUGGUUGCUCCAGUACAGCCACAGGGCUCACACCAGUUUUGGUAUUUGAUGUCCUGCCAGCCCAGCUGCAAGCCUCUCACCCACUCCCUGUCCACAGUGGCCAGAUCUCAGAGUGGGUGUUUGUGUUCCUGCAUGUCGCAUUCCCUGCUGCAGUCCCACAUGGGGCUGCUAUUCCUGCCUUGCUGCCCCUGGCAGAUUGGCACAGCUGCUGUGCUCUGCAGGUGUUUCCAGCAAAGGCAAUGGAAAUUUGGCUGCUGCCUUCAGUCAGAGCAGGAGGGGGCCCAGCUGGCUGCAAGUUAUGGCCAAAGUCUUAGGACUUGGUUUAAUUUCUCUUUGCAAAUAGAUUUAUAUUCGAAGUGCCUGGGUUUAGUUUCCUGUCCCUGAGUCAUCAUGGAACCAAUACAUUUAGUUUUGUGGUGGUCCUGCUCUGUGUGUUGCUUGCUUGCUUUUAUGGCAGAGGUGUUGUACAAGUGCUGGAGGGCACACAGAAUAUUGGAGCAGACCUUCAGCAGCUCCCCCAGCAUUACUCAAGUUAAUGCUGCUAAGGGGAAAAAAAGAGUUGGGGAUGCAGCAUCAUUUCUGUAGUAGCAAACAAACCUACAGGUUCUUGUGUAUCAACAUCCAGAUGAAAGCAUCCUGCUUCCAAAAACUAUAGAGAAUGGUAAUAUCAGCUAGUUUAGCCACAGCUACAGCUGGCAAAAGCAAGCAUGUUCCUGAGUGUGCUGUCAGUAAUGACAGUAACAUCAUGGCCCCUCUGCCAGCUCACACUGCUUAACCCCACAGAUCUGUCACAGCCACAAGGGCACAGGUUUGACAGAUGUAGGGAGAUACUGCUGAGGAUGUACAGGGAACAAGGAAGAUCUUCAUUGUAAAUCACAUGUUGUUGCUUUUAAUCUUUGCCAGUGUUUAUGCUGUUCCACACAGUUAAAUUAGCUGCUGUGCAAAGCCUCUUAACUGCCAUUUUAAGGGAAGUAAGCUCCCAUGAAGAGAGAGAUGGAGAAAUCAGAGGUCUGCAUCUGAAUCCCUUCAAUUGCUGUUUUUGGUUUGUUGAUGAAUUGGUCAGUGCUUUAGGUUAGCUUGAAAACCAUCUGGUCUCCUAUUCAAACUUUUAAAAACAUAUUUUAAUGUAAAAAUAAAAGCCAAAGACAUUCAAUUUUCACAAAGAAAGCUUGUAGAAAAAUAGGAAGUUCCUGCUCUUCAAGAGAGACCUGCUGCUACUGAUGUUUGAGACAUCCCUACUGGGUUUUGAUGGAAGAGAAAAGAAGCUCAGAAUGACAAAACAGAGAAAAGGUGGCUGCUGGAAGAGCAUGAAGAGAGAUACUGGCAGAGGAGAGCAUGAAACUGUUCAAUUUUAAGGACCAACGUAGGCAGAACAGACUGGAUGCAGCUGAAAAAUUUGGAUUAUGACUCAUCUACAAAUCUUGUCUGGCAUCUUGCAGAGGACAUGGUAAUCUCUGUGCUGCUGAAACAUGCAGUCUUUUGAGAAGUUUGCACCCCUCAGAAUCAGGAAUGCUGCAGCUCUGUGCACUGCUCACUUCCAGUGGGCCAUGGGUAUGACUGUCCAUGGCUUCCUCAAGAUAAAAAACCAGUCUUUUUUAUGGCAAGUACCAGGAGUGGUAUGAAGCCCUCAGAGAAAUGUCCCAUGUUCUGCCCAUUUCCCCCCAGCCUGUGCACUAAUCUGAGAAACUGAGUUUAUUCCUGGGAGGUGAAGUGCCUUCCUCUCUCCCUGGCUUGCACUUGACUUAGUUUUGACACUUGUGUUGUUUCAGCUGUCCCUGCCUCCCCAGCACUGGUGGUUCUCACCUGUGCUGGCAAAGCCAGCUGCUGGCACCUCUGUUCAUCUCCCUCUGUGUGUGUGGAGGCUGCUUUAGCAAAGGCAUUUGGGGGCUCACACUGCAGAACAAAUGCAAGGGGGGGUUUCCUUCUGUUUGUUCAAGGCUCACAGCCAAGGAGCAGCUCUCUGAGCCUGACUUAGAGCAACACCUGAAAACCUACACCAGCUUUCAGGGCUCUGGGUAUGCCAGAUCCCACAAGAUCCUAAGCAAAGUGUGUAAGUGAAGUAAAAGAUGGGGAAUCUGUCCCAUAAGGUAGGACAAGCAAGGCCAAAAUUGAUUCCCAUUGCCAAGUAGGAGGAACACAGGGCAUGGUGAGGAUUUGCCUUGGCCCAAGGGUUUCCCUGCUGCCCAGCCCAGAUCCACAUCCCAGCCAGGGUCUGUUAGAGGUGUGUGUGUGCUUUGGGGUGGGUGUUGGGCCCCUGAGCUGGGCCAGCAUCCCCAGAGGGGUGUGUCAGAGGGGUGAGGGAGCUGCUGCAGCCACUGGAGUGGCCCCGGGGCUCAGCCAGGACCAGCUCUGGCAGGCUGAGUUUGUCUCUACUCUCUGCCAUGAAUGCCUGAUCCAAGCUCUUGUGCCAUCCUUGCUGAGUGCUGCUGCUGUUCAGGCAUUCCCUGCCUGGGAGCUGCUCCAGGACGUUUGGUAUCAAUGGCCUCUCUGCUGCUCACUCCGACUGCGUUUUUAUUUUCCCUCCCACUCGGCUGCUGGUGGGAGGUGCUGAUUCAUGCCAGCGACCUACCCAGUCCUGCAGCCCAGAGCAGCCAGGGAGAGCUGAGCUCCUGCCACAGGUGCUGCAGCAAGCCCUGAGCUGGCUCAGUGAAGUGAAUGGAGCCAGGGCUGUUUACACCCCAGGGGAUUUUCCCCCAGGAGUUUAAGGUGCUUUCGUGUGCCUGGAUGUAUCAGGACACAUGUUGUUAAAACUGCCAUAAGACAGGCAGUGUGCAUCCUGUGUAAAUGUGGCUAUUCCAUUACUGAGCAUUGGUGAUUUUGUGUGGGGCAUAUGUUUUCCCACAACACAGAAGUUCAUGUUAAAAAUACCCUGUUCUGUAGGCUUUCCCUAAUGACUGCUUUCCCCCACACAUCGAUUAGGCAACAGCAUAUGCCAGCAUUUCUUCCUUAAAAGUAAAAUCUGACACAUAGCACACAGAGCAUGAAAUAAUAAGAUGUGAUUAAAGCAAUAGCUGGAGCUAACCAAAGCCAGAAAACUUGUGGCUGAAAGGUCAAACCUUUUUUAAAAUUGCCUUUGCCUGUUUGUUUGCAGAUGCUGGGACUUGGGAGGGAAAGUCUUGUAAUGAAAGAACAACUAUCAUAGAAGAUUUCACCCUCAGUACAAGGCAAACAAACUUUCACUUGCAUUGGAAGGUAGGUUCCUGUAGUGGGAAAUGUCAGUCAGCCUUAGGCAGGUGUCACUUUCCAGUGUUACCUGCACUGCUGUGAGAGAUGAGCCAGGAAUGGUGCUAAAUGGGUGCUAAAAUCAGCACCUCCUGGCCAGAGAAACAGAGUGAUUCUGUAAUUAAGGAUACUGAGGUGGGGAUGCUGUGCCCUGCAACAUAUUUUCAGUGUGACUUCCACCAAUUAGUUUUUUCUAAGUUGCCAGCAGCUUGGUUUGGGUAUCUGAGAGCUUCAAAGAAAGAGUGGAAGGGCAGAGGGCAUUUACACCACAUCUCUAACAGCAAUUUCCCUCAAAACCCUGCAAUUAGAGCUUCAAACAAUAAUAGAGAUUUUGCAUCUGUGGUCCAGCCCCCCCUGUUUAAGAAGCAGCUCAGCACGUGUUCUGUGAGGCCAGCUUGGUUUUGGU